AUGGAGUCAACGACCAAUCAUAUUCACCUGAAGAAAACUGAAAUCACUCCCAAUGGAUGCCGAGCCCGCCCUCGGAAGCCCUGCCUUCCUGGCUAUAAUAUCGGGGUUCGCAUUCAUUUCCUAAAUUCUUCGCUCUUCAGCUUGUGUCACGCAAUUUACAAACCUUUCAAGCACACGAAGCCUUGGCAGCAGCCUUGGCAGCAGCUAAUUGGGAUCCUUAAUAAAUACAAAAUACCCAUCAUCCUGCCCCUGAACAAUGCUCAAGAAGCUGCCACACCACUAGUGAAGUGAGCAUGCACACCGCUAGGCAACCCUUGUCCUUUCCUGUCAUAUGCCUGGGAGAUGGCCUCCAGAAUCCAAUGAAAAAGACGCUGCUUAGAAAGAAACCCUGAGCUGGAUUAGCGAAACAGACAAAAAGCUGGUCAAGAACGCGGAUAUCCUUGCUUCUAUCCAUAUACGUGCAUAAAGCACGUACCGGACACAGGCCAUGCAACCUCCGUUGUUCACUGGUAGGAGGAGGUGAGAAAGGGAACAGCUCGAAUGCCAGGGACCUGUAAGGCAUGUCCUUGGGAGCAAAUGCUACAUUAGGACGUAACAUCACUUUGGAGUCACCAGGUGCGAACUCCCAACAGGAAGGGGGUACGUGUGGUGAACCCCAACAUGCUUGGCUGAUGCUAAGGCCAUGAGCAGGGAAGUCUUGUAUGAAAGGACCUUCAGGUCCACAGACUUCUGGUGACUCCAGUGGUUCAAACGCGGAUGAUCUCCGCGAACCAGGGUUGUCUGGGCCAACAGGGAGCCACCAGAAUCAACAACAGACCCUCCUGACGGACCCUCUAUUCUAAUACUCGGCCCACACCGGGUUCGGGGAUUUCGGCAACCAGUAACUUGCCCCCAUUGACCGAGCCACCUGGGAGCACUGUUGCCACAGUAAAUGCUUGGGGAUGAGAGCCCCGAGAACACACCUCCUACCUCGGCCUCCAGCUAGGUUUGCGAGGUCUGCUUCUUCCCCCCGCGCCGCUGAAGAAUCUGCUUUCACCCUGUUCUCCUUUGACCCAGCACGGCAUCUGUGCAGUACUGCCUGUGUCUACCGCUGCCCAGAAACACCAAGAUGGUGAAAAACUGACCUCGAUGCCCCCCGGCCCGGGGCAACCCACCUCUGGCCUGGACCCCUUCCUUUAUGCCUCGGGAAACUCUGAGCCGCCCCCACAAAUGAUUUGUGUGGGAAAAGGAACCGUAGAGCUGCGUCCUGUUUUUGUUUCUCCUCGAAACGGGCCUAUAAGGACUCCAUAGCCGAGCCAAACAACCUUGUUGGCGAAACUGGCUCAUCCAAAUAGAUCCGCCUGUCCCUCUCAGGAAUCCGGGACAAUGUCAACCAGAGGUGGCACUAAGCCACCAUUGUCGGCCCAUUUUUUCCCACAGCCAGGAUAAUACAGCGAGACAGACGCAGCACAAAAUCAGCCAUGGCACGGAUUGCGUCGAGAAGCUCUGAAACUGGCUUCUCCGCCUCCACAGUCCUAUUCAGCUAUUGCAGCAAACCGAUAGGAUAAAUCUGCAGCAUUGUGACCACAUUCAACGACCUGGACACCAGCGCUCAGCCUGGUACACUUUGUCCAGCUGAUCUGCCGAGAACCGACACUGUUUAUUUGGAAGCACCAUGCUAGGAUUAUCCCCAUUCUUAACCUCUGGAGUUAAGUAACUUGCCAGCUUUCCAUCCAUCGGCAGUGUGCAAACAAGCACCGCCACCGCCAUACCCUCUACAUUCAUGUACUCGCCAUAACCUGGUAGCACCAGGCUGGCUGAAUGAGGGAAAUCCUAGGUCGCCUUUAGCUCAUCGGCAAAAUCUUUAAACAGCAGUAAGCGACGCUUCACCGCUGCAGGGACAGGAGGUAAAUAUCUUCCCCCAAACAUGGAGGAACUUUGCUGCGGGGGAGAAGACUGCCAAUCCGCCCCCAGGCGAUCUGAUGCCCUAUGACACAGCUCCAUCAAAGGCACAUUAACCACCAAUGGUUCACUCUUCCCCGUUCAAUCCAAAGCAGGAGCUUUAGGCUGCCCAGGACUGAUCCACAUCCGAUUCAGACUCUGAAAACUCUCUAGAGCCUACCAGGGAUAGUAUAUAAUCCCCAGAAUCCGUACUGUAAACACUGCCAGAGAAACUGGAAUGAGUCUCACUCGGCUAAGAUGACACCCCUAUCAACUCCGACUACCACUGCCGAUCCCUCCCGGCUUCCCUCCCGAGCGUGUUUUCACCCAAGGCAAACAGGACAGCAUUCGCGGAGUAUCUUUUAAGGCCCUAGGGCACGGUCAGAGGUUCAAACUCACUCAUGAUAUACUUCUGCCAGGUAAGCUUACUUUCCAGUUAACAUUUAAUUGCGAAGGUUUGGGGGAAAGUAUUUCUAUCAACCCACAAGACCGUUAUCACAUCAACUGGCUGCACACUGAGUGAUAGACAAACGCACGCACCACACAGACCGAUGGGCAAUAUUGCUGGAAAUAUAUUGGCAGAUAUUGUGCUAGGUUUGUCUUUUUAAUCCAAUAGUGGCUAACCAGGGGUGGGAUAAUGUCAAUGGCUAACCUGUGCGGACCAACUGGCAAGUGUCUUCACUGACAUUUUCAACCUCUCCCUGACCGAGUCUGUAAUACCAACAUGUUUCAAGCAGACCACCAUAGUCCCUGUGCCCAAGGAAGCAAAGGUAACCUGCCUAAAUGAUGACCGCCCCGUAGCACUCAUGUCGGUAGCCAUGAAGUGCUUUGAAAGGCUUUCAUGGCUCACAUCAACACCAUCAUCCCGGAACCCCUAGACCCACUCCAAUUCGCAUACCGCCCCAACAGAUCCACAGAUUACGCAAUCUCAAUCGCACACCACACUGCCCUUUCCCACUUGGACAAAAGGAACACCUAUGCAGUUCAGCAUUCAACACCAUAGUGCCCACAAAGCUCAUCACUAAGCUAAGGACCCUGGGACUAAACACCUCCCUCUGCAACUGGAUCCUGGACUUCCUGACGGGCAGCCCCCAGGUGGUAAGGGUAGGCAACAACACAUCUGCAACACAACAUCUCCCUCAAUGUAAGCAAGACAAAGGAGCUGAUCGUGGACUACAGGAAAAGGCGGGCUGAACAGGCCCCCAUUAACAUCGACGGGGCUGUAGUGGAGCGGGUCGAGAGUUUCAAGUUCCUUGGUGUCCACAUAACAAACAAACUAUCAUGGUCCAAACACACCAAGACAGUCGUGAAGAGGGCACGACAACACCUUUUCCUCCUCAGGAGACUGAAAAUAUUUGGCAUGGGUCCCCAGAUUCUCAAAAGGUUCUACAACUGCACCAUCGAGCGCAUCCUGACCGGUUGCAUCACCGCCUGGUAUGGCAACUGCUCUGCAUCUGACUGUAAGGCACUACAGAGAGUAAUGUGCACGGCCCAGUACAUCACUGGGGCGAAGCUUCCUGCCAUCCAGGACCGACAGUUGAAGUUGGAAGUUUACAUACACUUAGGUUGGAGUCAUUAAAACUCAUUUUUCAACCACUCCACAAAUGUCUUGUUAACAAACUAUAGUUUUGGCAAGUCGGUUAGGACAUCUACUUUGUGCAUGACACAAGUCAUUUUUCCAACAAUUGUUUACAGACAAAUUGUUUCACUUAUAAUUCACUGUAUCACAAUUGCAGUGGGUCAGAAGUUUACAUACACUAAGUUGACUGUGCCUUUAAACAGCUUGGAAAAUUCCAGAAAAUGAUGUCAUGGCUUUAGAAGCUUCUGAUAGGCUAAUUGACAUCAUUUGAGUCGAUUGGAGGUGUACCUGUGGAUUUAUUUCAAGGCCUACCUUCAAACUCAGUGCCUCUUUGCUUGACAUCAUGGGAAAAUCAAAAGAAAUCAGCCAAGACCUCAGAAACAAAAUGGUAGACCUCCACAUGUCUGGUUCAUCCUUGGGAGCAAUUUCCAAAUGCCUGAAGGUACCACGUUCAUCUGUACAAACAAUAGUACGCAAGUAUAAACACCAUGGGACCACGCAGCCGUCAUACCGCUCAGGAAGGAGACGCGUUCUGUCUCCUAGAGAUGAACGUACUUUGGUGCGAAAAGUGCAAAUCAAUCCCAGAACAACAGCAAAGGACUUUGUGAAGAUGCUGGACGAAACCGGUACAAAAGUAUCUAUAUCGACAUAACCUGAAAGGCCGCUCAGCAAGGAAGAAGCCACUGCUCCAAAACCGCCAUAAAAAAGCCAGACUACGGUUUGCAACUGCACAUGGGGACAAGGAUUGUACUUUUUGGAGAAAUGUCCUCUGGUCUGAUGAAACAAAAAUAUAACUGUUUGGCCAUAAUGACCAUCAUUAUGUUUGGAGGAAAAGGGGUGGACUUGCAAGCCGAAGAACACCAUCCCAACCGUGAAGCACGGGAGUGGCAGCAUCAUGCUGUGGAGGUGCUUUACUGCAGGAGGGACUGGUGCACUUCACAAAAUAGAUGGCAUCAUGAGGAAGGACAAUUAUGUGGAUAUAUUGAAGCAACAUCUCAAGACAUCAGUCAGGAAGUUAAAGCUUGGUCACAAAUGGGUCUUCCAAAUGGACAAUGACCCCAAGCAUACUUCCAAAGAUGUGGCAAAAUGGCUUAAGGACAACAAAGUCAAGGUAUUGGAGUGGCCAUCACAAAGCCCUGACCUCAAUCCUAUAGAAAGUUUGUGGGCAGAACUGAAAAAGUGUGUGCAAGCAAGGAGGUCUACAAAAAUGACUCAGUUACACCAGCUCUGUCAGGAGGAAUGGGCCAAAAUUCACCCAACUUAUUGUGGGAGGCUUGUGGAAGGCUACCCGAACCGUUUGACCCAAGUUAAACAAUUUAAAGGCAAUGAUACCAAAUACUAAUUGUGUGUAUGUAAACUUCUGACCCACUGGGAAUGUGAUGAAAGAAAUAAAAGCUGAAAUAAAUCAUUCUCUCUCCUAUUAUUCUGACAUUUCACAUUCUUAAAAUAAAGUGGUGAUCCUAACUGACCUAAGACAGGGAAUUUUUACUAGGAUGAAAUGUCAGGAAUUGUGAAAAACUGAGUUUAAAUGUAUUUGGCUAAGGUGUAUGUAAACUUCCGACUUCAACUGUAUAUACUAGGCGGUGUCAGUGGAAGGCCCCAAAAAUUGUCAAAGACUCCCAAGUCAUAGACUGUUCUCUCUGCUACCACAUGGCAAGCGGUACCGGAGCGCCAAGUCUAGGACCAAAAGGCUCCUUAACAGCUUCUACCCCCAAGCCAUAACACUACUGAACAAUUAAUUGAAUGGCCACCCGGACUAUAUACAUUACUCCUACCUACAUGUACAAAUGACCUCGACUAACCUGUAUCCCCGCACAUUGACUCGGUACCGGUACCCCCUGUACGUAGCCUCGUUAUUGUUAUUUUAUUGUGUUACUUUUUAUUUUGUUUUACUUUAGUUUAUUUAGUAAAAAAUGUCUUAACUCUUUCUUGAACUGUAUUAACCAAUAAGGGCUUGUAAGUAAGCAUUUCACGGUGAGGUCUACACCUGUUGUAUUCUGCGCAUGUCACAUAAAAUUUGAUUUGAUGUUGCGUUGAUUAGGAAGUAGCUGGGGCUUGCGGUGUCUGAUACUUGUGAGAUUUGUUAAUGAAAGUUUGUGGUGGAACACCUGAAAAUUGCAUGUACUUUCAGAAUUGUUUGGCGAGCUACUCAUAGGUGGGCUGCAAGCUCUACUGGUAGCUCACGAUCGACCUGUUGGAGACUCCUGAUUUAGGGGGAGGAGUACACUCUGUCCCCACUAACAGACACCUAAGUCGGAGCCGAAUCUCGUAGUCUUCGUGUGCUUGAAAGGUUUGUUAAUUGCGUGACACAAGCUGAAGAGCGAAGAAUUUAGGAAAUGAAUGCGAGCCCCGAUAUUAUAGCCAGGAAGGCAGGGCUUCCGAGGGCGGGCUCGGCAUCCAUUGGGAGUGAUUUCAGUUUUCUUCAGGUGAAUAUGAUUGGUCGUUGACUCCAUAUAGUAUGUUAUACCGAGUGACUGACUGACAUGUUUUAAUGAAGUUACUCCAAAGCCGAUAACGAGGGAAAGAAACGGUGAAACAGCAGUCUGUCUGGGAAGUUAGAUACCAUGGUUAUUCAUGAAGGCAAUUAAACAGCAGAGCAUUAGCAGAGAGAGGGAAAGAGAGAGGAAUCGGACAAAAUGGAACAUGCCACGGGCUGCCCCUCCUCUCUUCUGUUCUGCUUCUGAAAAAAUAUCCAAGAGGAAAUAUCCCCCGGUAUUAGAAGAGUGUGUGAACAUACACAUUUAGCCAGGUACAGUGGGGAAAACAAGUAUUUAGUCAGCCACCAAUUGUGCAAGUUCUCCCACUUAAAAAGAUGAGAGAGGCCUGUAAUUUUCAUCAUAGGUACACGUCAACUAUGACAGACAAAUUGAGAAAAAAAAAUCCAGAAAAUCACAUUGUAGGAUUUUUAAUGAAUUUAUUUGCAAAUUAUGGUGGAAAAUAAGUAUUUGGUCACCUACAAACAAGUAAGAUUUCUGGCUCUCACAGACCUGUAACUUCUUCUUUAAGAGGGUCCUCUGUCCUCCACUCGUUACCUGUAUUAAUGGCACCUGUUUGAACUUGUUAUCAGUAUAAAAGACACCUGUCCACAACCUCAAACAGUCACACUCCAAACUCCACUAUUGCCAAGACCAAAGAGCUGUCAAAGGACACCAGAAACAAAAUUGUAGACCUGCACCAGGCUGGGAAGACUGAAUCUGCAAUAGGUAAGCAGCUUGGUUUGAAGAAAUCAACUGUGGGAGCAAUUAUUAGGAAAUGGAAGACAUACAACACCACUGAUAAUCUCCCUCGAUCUGGGGCUCCACGCAAGAUCUCACCCCGUGGGGUCAAAAUGAUCACAAGAACGGUGAGCAAAAAUCCCAGAACCACACGGGGGGACCUAGUGAAUGACCUGCAGAGAGCUGGGACCAAAGUAACAAAGCCUACCAUCAGUAACACACUACGCCGCCAGGGACUCAAAUCCUGCAGUGCCAGACGUGUCCCCCUGCUUAAGCCAGUACAUGUCCAGGCCCGUCUGAAGUUUGCUAGAGUGCAUUUGGAUGAUCCAGAAAAGGAUUGGGAGAAUGUCAUAUGGUCAGAUGAAACCAAAAUAUAACUUUUUGAUAAAAACUCAACUCAUCGAGUUUGGAGGACAAAGAAUGCUGAGUUGCAUCUAAAGAACACCAUACCUACUGUGAAGCAUGGGGGUGGAAACAUCAUGCUUUGGGGCUGUUUUUCUGCAAAGGGACCAGGACGACUGAUCCGUGUAAAGGAAAAAAUGAAUGGGGCCAUGUAUCGUGAGAUUUUGAGUGAAAACCUCCUUCCAUCAGCAAGGGCAUUGAAGAUGAAACGUGGCUGGGUCUUUCAGCAUGACAAUGAUCCCAAACACACCGCCCGGGCAACGAAGGAGUGGCUUCGUAGGAAGCAUUUCAAGGUCCUGGAGUGGCCUAGCCAGUCUCCAGAUCUCAACCCCAUAGAAAAUCUUUGGAGGGAGUUGAAAGUCCGUGUUGCCCAGCGACAGCCCCAAAACAUCACUGCUCUAGAGGAGAUCUGCAUGGAGGAAUAGGCCAAAAUACCAGCAACAGUGUGUGAAAACCUUGUGAAGACUUACAAAAAACGUUUGACCUGUGUCAUUGCCAACAAAGGGUAUAUAACAAAGUAUUGAGAAACUUUUGUUAUUGACCAAAUACUUAUUUUCAACCAUAAUUUGCAAAUAAAUUCAUUAAAAAUCCUACAAUGUGAUUUUCUGGAUUUUUUUUCUCAUUUUGUCUGUCAUAGUUGACGUGUACCUAUGAUGAAAAUUACAGGCCUCUCUCAUCUUUUUAAGUGGGAGAACUUGCACAAUUGGUGGCUGACUAAAUACUUUUUUCCCCCACUGUAUAUUAGGGUAUCUUGAUUAUGAUGCGUUCUAUCUCUCUGCUUGUCCACAGUCAAACUCUUGUAAAAUACGUGUUGUUCAUUCUUAUGAUUCCAUUCAUAGACUGAUGUAAUGCAAUGCUAUUCAGCAAUGAUAGUUAGUUAUCACAACAGUAAUUUAGUGGUCAUAUUAUUGUAUACCCAAAUUAAUUUUAGAUUACUUUGUUAUGAAUGUGUGUUACCCUACCAGUAGCUUGAAAAACUUGGUACACUUUAGUUUGUGAAUGCACAUACUUAUACUCGUCUUAAACCAGGGAUGGCCAACACUAAUCUGGUUGUGCAGGCUUUUCACAGUCCUCUGCCCCCCUAUCUUUACUUCUCUAGGCUACUACACGUGUGGAGGUGAUCUUCACCCUGAGGAGGCAGGUGGGCUUCUACAUGAUGGGUGUCUAUGCCCCCACCUCAUCAUGGUCCUCUCCUGGCUCUUCUUCUCGAUCAACCCUGAUGCCAGCGCUGCCAGGUUCCCUCUGGGUAAGACCUCUAAUCCCUAUCCUAACCAGUGACCGUAAACCCCUAUCCUAGCCUUACUCGGAAAGCAGUGAUUCCUUGGUUCCUGUGGGUAACAGACAAGCCUGCUUUAGUCUCCCACUGUGGUAUUGUCUGACUUUAGCCUCCAAAUCCAAACUGAAUCAUGGCAAGUUUCACUAGUGUUUCACUUCACAAAUUGAAGCAAUAGUGAAUGUAAUUCAGUUUGGAUUUCGAGCUAGUCUGACGUAUUGAGGCAUCAAAUGCAGCCUAAUAUAGCCAUCCAUUUUACAUCAAUGCAUGAUGACAUGAGCGCUUUCCACUUUUUCAUAUAAUCUAGUCUCCCAUGUUACUGUUUCACUGUCUGCCUGAGGGAGUGCAAUGUGAAUAGCAAUGGGACCACCAAUUUUCAUUCCACUGUCGCCCCUACAUGAUAAAUAAUAGAUAAUGAUACAUAAUAUUUUGUAUGGGUAACUCACCUGGUCCAUUGUAAACAAGCCUGCAUGAGUCGGAAAUGUCAACUUCUCACCCAUUUGACGUCACUUCAUCCAAUCCGAUGGGUCUGGAAAGAGCUCUGUGAAUAAGAGGACCAUCCACCUCCAGCUGUUUGUCAAUUUCAUCCCAUCCCUCUGGAGGGCCACCUCAUGACACCUCAGUAAAUGGGAUCAGCACAGGUCAGUCAUCUCCCGCGUGUGACCAUUGACAUAUGUCGUUCAUUCAUCUCUCUGUGUGUGUGUGUAUGUUAGCGUACAUGUUAUUAAAUGUGUGCAAUACUUCCAUAUAUGCUUCCUACUAUGUGUGUCGGUUUCAGACUCAUUUUGUUCCCACAAUAAAGUGCCCCAUCGGGGGCCAAGCAUCAGCAAACAAAGUAUUAUGCUGUUUCAACAGAGCCAACACCUUCCCUGUGUUAUGUAAAAUAGGCCAGUUUACAUGCUGUGAUGAAAAGGAUUUCGGAGCUCAGCGAACUCGGAUGGGGUUAGAUAAUCAUCCGAAAUAAGGACUCUGCUUUUAUAUAAAGAUUUGUAGGCAUACAACCACCUAGAUUAAUUGUCCAAUCGGAGAGAAAACAAUAAAAUUAAAAAUAGACUAUUAUCGGUGGCUAUUUGAACCCGCUUCAUCACUAGAAUGAGAAAGAUAGAGGUAAAGGAAGGUUCAUGGGUGUAUAAUUGGGCUCUUUGGACUGUAAAUCAUGGGAUUGAAUGUGAGUGUUUCAUUACCACUGCCUAGUCUAGGUGAUUCAUAUAUCCAUUAAUCUGUACUGUACACCAGGGGUAUUCAAUUCCAACUGUCGAGGGCUGCUGUGUCUUCUCCUUGCUAUUUACCACUCACCUGAUUUAGAUCAAAGACUAGACCUCUGAUUUUAAAGGCAAGGAUGAAAACUAUCAAAUAUUGCGACCCUCAAGGUCUGAAGUUGAAUCACCUUGCUGUCAAAUGCUGUGCAUUUUAUGUUGAGCAUUAGAGAGUCCAGGGGUCAAAUGCUAAUUUAAGAUCCUAAGACACCUCUAGAAGUAUCCCCAACGCGAAGUUCUGCUCUCCUUCCUUGGAUGUUUAAUUGACAAGGUCACCUCUUCACUCCCUCACUGUUAACCUACCAGGGAUCCUCUCAGUGCUCUCCCUGUCUUCUGAGUGCACGUCCCUGGCCUCGGAGCUGCCCAAGGUGUCCUAUGCGAAGGCCAUCGACAUCUGCCUCAUCGAAUGUCUGCUGUUCGGCUUCGCCUCGUUGGUGGAGUACGCCUUGGUAGAGGUGAAGCUCAACAGCCCUAAGCGCAGAGAUGGCCAAGAUGGCGUCCAAGGCAAAGGCAGAGGGGAAGGAGAAGGCGGCAGGCAAGAAAAACACGGUCAACGAUACCAGCGGGAUGCCCUGUCAUGUCAGCACGCUGCAGGUGGGUGAGGGGUGGUUGUGUAUGGUGGGUGAGGGAAAGGUGGGGAGGGGAUGAGAUUGGCAUGUUUCUGAUGAAUGGGGGAAGGUUUGUGUGUACGUGUGUUCAGUUACUGUGAUUAGAAAUAAGUUGCCCCCAGACACAGAUCUAAGGUCAAGAUGAAGUUUUCCCUAACCACUUCUCUCACAGUUGAAUGAGGAAUGGUUAACCUUGGACAUAUCCUUAGGCAUGAUGAGAGUGAAGUUAGAGAUACCAAUAGAUAAAUAGGUAGGACGAUCCAAUCAUUCAUAAAUGCUAACAUCUGCUCUCUGGCCUGGCACGGAUAAAGAUUGACACAGGUACAGAUUUAGCUUGUGAAAUGUUAUUUUCAAUCAUACACUUCAUAGAAAUUAAUUUACAUCAUAAUGUAUGUUAGUCAAGACUUGUGCAGAGUAUUGAGCUGAGAUUUUCGACAAGAUAACACUAGUCAAUUAUGUUCUCAUCAAACGUAAAUCAAAUGAAAGCCAAUUUAAUGAGCUUAAUGGUUAGAGUGAAAAAAGUAGCAACUGUAUGAUUCGUAUCUAAUUUGCCCUGUAGCCCUUGAGGGAAGCCGAUGAGAAAGAUCGAAAUGAGGGUUUUCAGAAGCUACUUCCCACUGAUUCUGUUGUAGCAAUCUAUUGUAGCAGCAUGUUGAUUCAACAAAGAAAAAACUAGAAAAUACUUCCAAACUCCAGAUUACAGCUCCAAAACAACAACAUUAGGGACAUUCUGCAAUGCAUGAGGUAAUUGUGUAUCAGUUGCAUUCUCAUCUCAUUCUGAAAGAAACUGCCAGUUAGUAUUGAAGUCAUGUGGUCUAGUUUGACAACAACACCACUGCACUGUCAAAAUUGCACCCUUUGUAUAUGCCGAGAUAGAUACAGUAUAUACAGUGCCUUCGGAAAGUAUUCAGACCCCUUGACUUUUUCCACAUUUUGUUACGUUACAGCCUUAUUCUUAAAUGGAUUGAAUAAAAACAAAUCCUCAGCAAUCUACAUACAAUACCCCAUAAUGACAAAGCGAAAACAGGUUUAUAGAAAUUUUUGCAAAUGUCUAAAAAAUUAUAAACAGAAAUACCUUAUUUACAUAAGUAUUCAGACCCGAAAUUGAGCACAGGUGCAUCCUGUUUCCAUUGAUCAUCCUUGAGAUGUUUCUACAACUUGAUUGGAGUCCACCUGUGAUAAGUUCAAUUGAUUGGACAUGAUUUGGAAAGGCACACACCUGUCUAUAUAAGGUCCCACAGUUGACAGGUCAUGUCAGAGUAAAAACCAAGCCAUGAGGUCGAAGGAAUUGCACCGAGACAGGAUUGUGUCAAGGCACAGAUCUGGGGAAGGGUACCAAAACAUUUCUGCAGCAUUGAAGGUCCCCAAGAACACAGUGGCCUGCAUCAUUCUUAAAUGGAAGAAGUUUGGAACCACCAAGACUCUUCCUAAAGCUGGCCGCCCAGCCAAACGGAGCAAUCGGGGGAGAAGGGCUUUGGUCAGGGAGGUGACCAACAACCCGAUGGUCACUCUGACAGAGCUCUAGAGUUCCUCUGUGGAGAUGGGAGAACCAUCCAGAAGGACAACCAUCUCUGCAGCACUCCACCAAUCAGGCCUUUAUUGUAGAGUGGCCAGACGGAAGCCACUCCUCAGUAAAAAGCACAUGACAGCCCGCUUGGAGUUUGCCAAAAGGCACCUAAAGACUCUCAGACUAUUAGAAACAAGAUUCUCUGGUCUGAUGAAACCAAGAUUGAACUCUUUGGCCUGAAUGCCAAGCGUCACGUCUGGAGGAAACCUGGCACCAUCCCUACGGUGAAGCAUGGUGGUGGCUGAUGUUUCUUUUCAGCAGCAGGGACUGGGAGACUAGUCAAGGAUCGAGGAAAAGAUGAACAGAGCAAAGUACAGAGAGAUCGUUGAUGAAAACCUGCACCAGAGCUCUCAGGACCUCAGACUGGGGCGAAGGUUCACCUUCCAACAGAACAACGACCCUAAGCACAAGGCCAAGACAAUGCAGGAGUGGCUUCGGGGCAAGUCUCUGAAUAUCCAUGAGUAGCCCAGCUAGAGCCUGGACUUGAACCUGAUCGAACAUCUCUGGAGAGACCUCAAAAUAGCUGUGCAGCGAUGCUCCCCAUCCAACCUGACAGAGCUUGAGAGGAUCUGCAGAGAAGAAUGGGAGAAACUCCCCAAAUACAGGUGUGCCAAGCUUGUAGUGUCAUACCCAAGAAGACUCAAGGCUGUAAUCGCUGCCAAAGGUUCUUCAACAAAGUACUGACUAAAGGGUCUGAAUACUUAUGUAAAUGUAAUAUUUCUGUUUUUAUUUUUUUUAUAAAUUAGCAAAAAAUUCUAGACCUGUUUUUGCUUUGUCAUUAUGGGGUAUUGUGUGUAGAUUGAUGACAACAAUAUUAAUCUAUUUUAGAAUAAGGCUGUAACGUAACAUAAUUUGGAAAAAGUAAAGCGGUCUGAAUACUUUCCAAAGGCACUGUAUAUAUGGACGUGCAAGAGUGAUCAUCUCCAUAUGUCUCCAUCCUACCCUCCAACCACACUAGAACCAUAUCAAAGAACAGAACAGAUCUGACCGAAACCACACCAAAAGGUCCUGACAGGGUUGGCAAAGCACAGUCAUAAAUCAGCUCAUAUCAGAAUGUCACACGAAUGAAGGCAUUCUUCAAUUGGAGGUGGUCGGAGGACAGGCUUUGAGACGUACAAAGGGUAUGGUAAGCAUUAUCGCCAUUCCUUUCCAAAGUCGAGCCAGACAAGUCCUCAACUCUUCCAUCGUCUCCCUUUUCCCCUAGUAAUAAGGGCCAGGUGAUCUGUGGCACCCAUUUGUGUUCCUCCAGCGCAUCCACGACUCCUUAAAUGUGAGACUCUGAGUCACUGGGUAUGACAGAAACAGAACUGGGCGUUUGUUGAGUUUUCCCUCGUAGAGUCAGGCUCCUCUCGGGUCGGCUUAACAUUACUGUCGACGUCUCUCUGGCUCUGGCCGCUAUGGCUCAGCGUUGGCGGUAGCUGCCAUCUGUGGCAAGGGAGAAGGAAUGGGAUGUGAUUGGAGCUCUAGCUGACUCCUUUUGCAUUGGCUGCCGAGAUGUAUGAUGCCAUUAACUGAGAGAAAGUCAGAGAGCUGGAGAGUGACUGGACGGGAAUGUUUGGAGUAGUGGGACUAAUGCAAUGUUUUCAAUUGCUCCCAUCACCACCUCACCACCCACUGCCAUUGUGCACUUGAGCAAAGCACUUAACCCCUUACCUGCUCGAGGAGACCUGCUCUUUGGCUGACCCUGUGCUCCUCCAAUGAUUGUGGGGUGGGUACUUUAACCAUGUUUUAUUCACCACCUUUCCCUUUUCCAGGUGGGAGAGACCCAGUGCAAAAAGGUGUGUACCUCCAAGUCGGACCUGCACAGCAACGACUUCAGCAUUGUUGGCUCACUGCCGCGGGACUUUGAGCUCUCCAACUUUGACUGCUAUGGGAAGCCCAUCACCUUGCCUCGUGGCCUCAGCAAAAGCCAGGCCAAGGCCAAGAAACCGCCACCGCCCAAGCCCGUCAUCCCCUCAGCCGCCAAGGGGGUCGACCUCUACGCCCGAGCCCUCUUCCCCUUCUCCUUCCUCUUCUUCAACGUCAUCUAUUGGUCCGUGUACUUGUGA